AUGUCAACAUACAUUAUUAUCAAAACAAUUGCCGAAUUGUGACAGUGCCGGCGGAGUAAAAUUGUAAAAUGGGAGGUGAAAAUGAAGGCAAAGUAAAGGAAAAUCUAUUAAAACAGGGAGCUGAAGGUAAACUUUAUAUCGGCACCUACAAGGAUAAGCAGUGUUUGGUGAAGGAACGGUUCGAAAAGAAAUACCGGCAUCCGGCACUCGAUCGGCAGCUUACGCGCCAGCGGAUCAAGGCGGAACAGAAAGCAUUUCAGCGAUGUGCCACGGCCGGCGUCGUAACUCCCGCUUUAUACGGGGUCGAUUUGGAGCAAAGAAAGAUCUACAUGGAAUAUCUCGAUAAGGCGAAAACUGCGAAGGAUUUCAUCGAUGAACUGACCGGUUCACCGGGUUCGGGGGCAGAAGAAUCACCACAAUUGAAAAAGCUCGCCGAACAGAUUGGCCAGAUGGUGGGUGUUUUGCACAAGAACAACAUUGUGCACGGUGAUUUGACCACGUCGAACAUGCUGCUAGAUCCGGUAGAUACUGAGGAUACGCUGCCAUAUCGUCUGGUGACGAUCGACUUUGGAUUAUCCCACUCGAGCGACAACACCGAAAAUAAAGGUGUGGAUCUGUACGUGCUUGAGCGAGCCAUUCUAAGCGCCCACAGUCAGCUUCCGAAACUUUUUGGGAUGAUUUUGAAAACUUAUUGUGAACAUAAUACGAAUCGUUGUGAUGAAACCAUUGCCAAAUAUGAAGAAGUUCGGGCACGUGGUAGAAAACGUACUAUGGUUGGAUGAACAAGAACACUUUAUUUAUAGAAAAUAAGUUGAAAUAAAGGUACAUAACCACCAACAGAAUAACAACA